AUGCCGACGUACUUGGGGAAAGUCGAUGCACAAAUCUCCUUGCUUCCAUUUGUACUUACCCUUUUCGUACUGCCUCUUCUACUUAAGGGUCUCGCAGAGGCGAAGGCUGUCAAGGUUGCGGUGCUUCUUUUAUGUACUCUUGAAACUCGUCCGCUGCGUAUUUUUCUUUCACACCCACGACGCAUCUUCCUUACGGAAGGCACCUUGGUGGUGAAGUACGCCCCGGAAAAUAACCUAAACUUCAGGAUAAUCAAUAUCCCACCUCAGUUUAUUCAUAGUCUCGUUAUGGGCACUCUCAAAAAACUACCACUAGCGCUAUCCCUUAACCUCUACCACCUUGCAGUACCUCGCCGCAUUCCUCAAAGUUAUGAGCGCACUGGGAGAGCUCUAAGAGAGUUUAAUAUUCUCGACUUUGUGGAUCUCGUCAUGGCGAGAACAGCGGGGAGAUGUUCAAUUCCAGGAUCAAGACCGAUCUCGUUCAUGAUGACCAUUUUAGCAUCUUUUGUUGCAGAAUCAUGUUUCGGCAUCGCUAGCGCAACGUAUGAAGAUUGGUCUUCGUACUUUGGCCCGACUUCCACAGAUUCAACCUCCAAAUCGCCAAUCAAGUGUUUGCUAUCACUAUGA